GAGAGAGAGAGAGAGAGAGGUUCCUGUUUGCGACCGAGAGCUGUCGAUCAGAAAGCCAAGUAUGCAAAAGAUCUGACAGCUGAGAAGGCGGGUGGAUGUCAGCGGCAAACAGCGGAAGAUUCCUCAACUUGGAAGACACACAAAAAUAAGAGCGGAGAAAAUAUCAACGAACGUCAGAAGCAGCCCCGUGAAGAUAGAAGCUCCGAAACCUCGGAAGAACACAGCUAGCUCUCACCUGCUGCUGCUCUGAUCAGUUGGGGCUCUUCCCACCUAAACAGCCCGCUCUUUUUCUAUUUCCCUUGCUCUCUUCGGUGUCUCAACGCUCCCUGUCAGGCUCUACUUUCUGCAAACUUUUUUUCUUUUUGUAAUUUGAGAGGAUUUCCUCCCCCCCUCCUUUUAAGUUAGGCAGACAACAAACGGUCGCUCUGCUGUCUAUCCCACACGCCCCCUCCCUUUCUGCGGUUUCCCUUUUGCCCAUCAGAGGACGGGAGGCAGAGAAGUAGAGAGAGGCAGCGAUGCUUCAAGAGGAUUAACUAUAGCCACCGAAAGUUCGGAAGAAAGCCUUUUGGAUCCAGACUUAGUCUCGUCCUCACUCUCUCGAGUUGAAUGAGUGGCGAUGUGCAGCAAAGCGUUUCUCGCCCUGCUGCUCUAUGGGCUGAUUAUGCACUGCAGCGUCUACUGCUCACCUGCUGCUGCCGCCGCUGCUGCUGGACUUCAGUACCCCGCGCUGAGUAGGCUGGAAGAUGAAAUGUACGAUGAAGAGGGCAACACUCUUUCGGACUAUGCCUUUGACAGCGAACCCCUCAGCAUAGCCGACCCUUCCUCCAUGCUGGACGACAUGUAUACUUUGUAUUACCCGCCGGACAAAAGGCAUGCAGAUGGGAUACUUAAUAAAGCCUACAGAAAAGUGCUGGGCCAGUUAUCUGCAAGGAAGUAUCUGCAUUCUCUGAUGGCCAAGCGGGUGGGUGGGGCCAGCAGCCUGGAGGACGACUCAGAACCCCUUUCCAAAAGGCACUCUGAUGGCAUAUUCACAGAUAGCUACAGCCGCUACAGAAAACAAAUGGCUGUCAAGAAAUACUUGGCAGCAGUCCUGGGUAAAAGGUAUAAACAAAGAGUUAAAAACAAAGGACGGCGAGUAGCUUAUUUGUAGCGAUGAGCUCCCAACCACUCCUGUGUACACAAGAGUCCCCCCUGGGGAAAAAAAAA